AUGGCUAGAAGUGGAGGAGUUCAGACACGAAAGAAUGCUAAUCGAUCCAAUUCGAAUGAAGAUUCCAAUCAGUUUUCUGUUCUUGACGAUCAUUCACGUUCUCACAAUGAUGAUCCUAGGAGGCCUUACUAUCUCUCAACUAGCGAUCAUCCUGGUGCUAAUGUGGUUCCAAAAAUUCUUACAGGAAGCAACAAUUACAUCACUUGGAGACGGUCUAUGAUGGUGGCGCUGCUUGCAAGAAACAAAGUGCAGUUUGUCAAUGGAAAACUUCCUCAACCAUAUGAAGAAGAUGAAGACUUCGACAUGUGGAAUCGAUGUAAUAGUCUUGUCAUUUCUUGGAUGCUACAUGUUGUCACACCCAAUAUCGUUGAUAGUAUUAUGUACAUGGAGACCACCUCUGCAAUUUGGGACGAACUCCAAGAAUGA